GAGUUGUAGCCAAACAGAAGAUAAGCUUUUAGCUCAAAAGUUGAAACAAUGGCAAUUCAACAUAAUUUCUUAAACCGGAUUUAUAUGACCCAACAAAAUCCUAGUGACAGAAAUGACAACUUGCAAGACACUACUACAUAUAUCCCUUCCAACAAUUUAGCAACGACAUUUCGACGAAGGCUUCUGACUGGAAUCGGGUCAGCUUCUUUAGUCGCCAUUGGUGCCAACUUCAUCGGUACAACUAGUUUUCUUCUUGGUUUGUCACCCGAAACUGCCCGUAAUCUCAAACUUGAUGUGCUUUAUCCCAUCAAAGGUUAUAGCCGGUGCAUCAAUUCUGAACAAGGCUUUGAAUUUAUAUACCCACAAAAUUGGGUUGGAGAUCAGACCUUAUUGUAUAGGGCAGCUGGGAAGGCAGAGAGGGAAAGAUCACUUGAUUUGCCACCAGUGAAACGUCGUAGGAAUGUAAAUGAACCGGUUGUUGCCUUUGGUCCACCCGGGUCGAGUGGUGAGCUCAACGUUAGCGUCAUUGUCUCGCCAGUUGCUCUUGAUUUCUCAAUUGAGGCAUUUGGAGGUCCAAAAGAGGUAGGAGAAGCAAUCGUUAAGACAAUUACAGGGUCUGGUCGACGACCAGAUAUCAAAGGGACACUCAUAAAGUCAAACUUAAGAGAAGACAUAUCCAAAAAAAUCAAGUACUAUGUGCUAGAAUUCACGGUAGAAAGCCCUUCAUUUAGGCGCCACAACGUGGCAGUAUGUUGUACUCGUGGUGGACGCUUGUUCACUCUCAAUGCACAAACGCCAGAAACAACAUGGCCAAUGCUCAGAACUGACUUUUACAAGAUUGCGGAUUCUUUUAUCUUGACUGCUUAAUUAGUCCACAAGACUAGGAAAGUUUUUGACUUCAUAAUGCCAGAAAAUAGCAGCACUUAUGCAUAAGAAAUCAUGAAACUUUUGAUACUAGCAGAUUUCAUUAUCCAAAAGAAAAACUUUUGAUACUAUUUGUUUUACGCAUUAACUGUGAAAUAACAAGAUACAUUCACUUUGUUUC